ACUUAAAAUUAAAAUAAAUAACUAAAUCGAAGAAAAAAAUAAAUAAAUAACUAAAACAUUAACUGAAAUUAAGUCAAAUGACGCAUUUAGCCAUAUAUAUUCACUCACAUUUUCAAAGUUUUGUUUGAAAAUUUGAAAGGAAGUGAGGACUUUGAAAUGACAAAAAGGAGGGCUUUGAUUUUAGACACUCUGAAAUGUUAAUUUAUUCUUUUCUGUUCUAUAUCUUAGAAAUUUUAUUAUGUUAGUGUGAGAAUUCCAUAAUCAUUAAAACUCAUAAAAACAUUUUCGUAUUUACCAUCAGUUGAAAAAGACAUUUUAUCAUGACUAAUUUUAACGUUUAUGAAACAUGAUCCUCUUUUAAUUUAAUUUGAUAAAAAAUUUAUGUGUUGUAUUUUAGAUGUGUCUUGUCCUAUGGCGAUUAAAAUUUAUCAUAUCUCUAUGUCCGCAUCAUGUUGUAUAUAUCCGAGUUUGGGAAAAACUGAUUCGUAACAAUAUCUUUGCUUAGAAUGUUUAGUUAUGUGAGUGGAUUUUUUAGGCAUAAUAUUGUGGAUUUUUUAGGGUAUCCUAUUGAUAGAUAUUGUAGGAUAAUAACUUCAAAUAUGGCUUGUUCCAUGUCAGUUCCCAUAUGGAAUUUCUUGGGGAUCAUGUUUACAGCAUCACAAUAUUUGUAUUUGUCGAAUAAAUCAAAUGGUUGAGCUCAAUUAAUAUUUAAUGAGUUUUAGUUAAAAACAAAUCGAUUUAAAAUACUAUAAAUUAAAAUUUUGAUUUAAAUAAUCUUAAAUCUGAUUUUAUUUACCUCACACCUGAACUUUAAAUUAUUGCAAUCAUUUUUGUUUAUGAACCUGAACGUUAAAAGACUUAAAAAAAAUAUGCCAUAUGUUACAUUACCUGUGCAGAUUUCUCCAUCACUUGUGCUUUUUUGGAAGGUAUUGGUGCCCUUAAGUAAUUAAGGGCUAUUGUAUAAUGAUUUCCCACUUGAAAUAUAAAUAAAUAAAUAAAUAAAUAAAUAAAUAAUAGGCGCUAUUGGCACUAUUCACCAAUUAUAAUAUGCCACAUAGAUUAAAUUUUUCAGUUAAUUAAUUGUGAUUGCAUAGCAGUAAAAACAACACAUAAGAAACUACACUUACGUUUAUAAAAAAGUACAUUUUAAGUAGGGAAAUAUUAGCCACUAGUUCUUAAGGGCGUGAUUACCUUUUCAAAUAUAUAGAGUAGGAAAGUCGAAAGAAUAUAAACUUUUGCCUAAUUUUGUUUUUUUAAUUGUAUUCAGAUUUCAGAAUUUUAGAAAAUACUGAUCUCUUUCCAUUUUUAAAUAGUUUUUUAUGAUUCGUUUUAAUUAAGUAAUUCUGAAAAAAUAACAAAGUAGGGAGUAAAAGAAUGUUGUAUUAUAAUGUUUUUUUAUUCUUUGGUGCAUCUUGUUAGAAGGGAAGGCUAACAUUUUUAAUUCUUUACACAUGUUAUUAUGUUGUAUAGUUCUGUUUAUUAUUUCUCUAUUUAAGCGGUAUUUUUCUCUUUAUGUGAUUUUUCUAUUUACCGUUCAGUUUUUCUAAUUUAUUUAGUUUUUGUAGAAUGUGAAAUUCAAAUUGUUAUUAAUAUGCUAUAGAAAGCAAUUAGAAGCAAUUUAUCAUGUCGAAUAUUGCUUGUCCUAGAAGACAUUAGCCAUGUAGAGAUUCAAUGAGUGUGAAUAAGUUGAAUGAGCGAUCUUAAAUUUGUAGAAGAAAGACCAUAGUUCGAUCUUUGCAGCACACACUUUUAGAGAUAGACAAAGACCUUUAAGCUAUGAGAUUAGUCUCAUUGCUGAUAUAAUGGAUAGAAGCUUGUAAAUAGACUCUGCAAAAUUAUUGGAAUGUCAAAAGUACUAAUUAUGGUGUUUUCCUAUAAAAAAAAUAGCCAUGGAGAGUUUUUCACCAAAAUGAAGUGAAUUAUUAUUGAAGUAAGAUAUGGCAUGGUGAGACCAAGUAAUAAAUUGGUUACAAAACAUAUUUUGCUAAAACAAGGAAAAACCCAAUAUUUUUUUUAGACUAAAGUCCAAAAUAUUUUAAAGGCCCUAGGCUGUCCCCAACUAUUUAUAACGCUCAUGAGACCUUCCAGGAGGACCAGAGCUUUCUUCUGAUCACUAUCUGCCCCAACAUUGUGUGCUUUGCCCCUCUAAUUGUAGGAGAAAACCCGUAUGAUUCCACCAACACAUCACCUCCCUUCUGAUUUCUGUUUACACCAAAGUUGAUACCAAACAAACAAACUAUAGAUGAGAGGUCCAUCCUCUUUAAAGCAAGAAUAUUAAAAAAAAAAGGAAUGGAAUUAGAUAAGCUCUGUAAGCUUGAAGAAGAGCCUCCUCUCUCUAGUGCAUACAUGCAAAGCCUAAUGAAACAACUAAACACCUCUAGAGCAAAAGAUUUAAUGAACCCAAAAGGCCAAGAUUUUGUUGUUAAUGAUGGUAUCUUUGUUGGUCAAAAUUUAUCAUCCAGAAAAAAUGGUAAAGUUGUGGAUGCUAAACAGAGAUCCACAAAACCCCAACAACAUAAAAAACAAGUUAGGAGGAGACUCCAUACUAGUAAACCUUAUCAAGAAAGGUUACUGAAUAUGGCUGAGGCUAGGAGGGAAAUUGUCACCGCCUUGAAAUUUCAUAGAGCAGCUAUGAAAGAAGCAAGUGAACAGCAGAAGCAACAGCAACAAGAACCCCAAGAACAGCUGCAAAGGCCAUCACUAUCAUCCCAACCUUCCCACCCGCAUCCAAGUUUUGAACAAGAUGGAAGAUAUAAGUCUAGGAGAAAUCCCAGAAUUUAUCCAUCAUGCACAACCACAACCAAUUCUUCAAGUUACUUCUUAGAUGGUUUUUCCUAUCCAUACUUAUCUCAUACACCUCCUUCAGUUCCAAAUUCUUACACAUGGCCUGUUGCUUCCUCAAUUGCUCCACCACCCCUUUUGGCUGAAAACCCCAAUUUCAUUCUUCCAAAUCAGACUUUGGGACUGAACCUCAAUUUUCAUGAUUUCAAUAACUUAGAUGUUACUGUUCACCUUAAUAACACCUCAUCUUCCUCCUCCUCCUCUUACUCAUCUCAGUCAUCUGGAACCUCUUCUUCUCCUCCUUUACAGGAAGUUCCUUCUGUUGGAACAUCACAGGUAGAAGGGUUUUCUUUACUGGUUGAUACUAUUGAUUCACAUGAUGCAACUCAUGUUACUAAAGGCUUACACACAUCCAUGGAUGAUGAGGCUAUGGCAGAGAUCAGAUCAUUAGGUGAUCAAUAUCAAAUGGAAUGGAAUGACACUAUGAAUUUGGUCAAAUCAGCUUGUUGGUUCAAGUACUUAAAACACAUGGAACAUGGUGCACCUGAAACCAAGGAUGAAAAUGAUGCAUACCAUAAUUUGGAUCAGCAUCUGGAGUUUCCAGCUUGGUUGAAUGCAAACGAUAGUUGCCUAGAGCAGUGCUCGGAUGAUUAUUUCAGAGAUUCUUCUUUACCUUGUAUGGACAUUGGAGAUAUUGACGGCAUGGAUGAUGAUUGGUUAGCGUGACAAUUGCAAGGAUUGAUUGUUUUCUAUAAAGUCAAGUUUUGCUACUCAUUUUAUUAGGGGUACUGGACACUGUCAUUAUAAUUCCCUUACCCCAUAUUUUUACUUCUUUUUUUGGAUGAUAAAUAAGUGUUGCAAAUAUUAGUAGAGGCAGGCAACAUCAGUAUGAGUGAUGAAUAUUUUUGCUUCCAUUACUCCCUUUUCCACAAUUUAUAUACUCCUUGUAAUAUUGAAUAAUGUCAAUGUCAAUGUCAAUUCUUGUAAUUCUCUUUCA